AUUCCAAAUUGUUUUUCUGAAUGCGGAUUGACACAAUGUCAUCUCACACUAAUGCUGGGUGACAGGAGUGGGAGUGGCUGGGUCCUGGGACAGUCUGACCACAGAUUCGGAGCAACUUCUACCUCUGCACCAGAGAGUGGAACGGUUCUUCUCGCUGUGAGGCUACCUGUGUUUGUGGAGAGUUUGUUUAUCAUUUACUGUUGCUGUGAGAUGGUGGCCACGCUGCUUCAGGUAUCCUGCAGCCUGAUUGUCUGGUGCUUGCUGUACGUGACCCUGUGCAGGUGGCAGCGCAGCCGGGGCUGGGAGUGGAGCUGUCGUCAAGUGACCCUCAUACACGGGAUCCUCAGUGUCGUUCUGACCGCUUAUGUGGGGUUCAUCGAUGGCCCUUGGCCAUUCAGCCACCCAGGUUCUCCAAACACUGUGAACCAGAGCCGGGUGCUAUGCCUCUCACUGGGCUAUUUCAUGUUUGACAUGUGUUGGUGUAUCUACUUCCAGACAGAAGGCCUGGUGAUGCUGGCACAUCACAGCCUCAGUAUUCUGGGCAUCAUCAUGGUGUUGACACUCGGACAGUCAGCCACUGAAGUCAAUGCAGUCAUCUUUGGCAGUGAGAUCACAAACCCCCUGUUGCAACUCCGCUGGUUCCUGAGGGAAUCUGGCCGUUAUCACUCGAUGCUGGGGAAUGCUGUGGACUUGCUGUUUGUGUUGUUAUUUGCCGCUGUGCGGAUUGGAGUUGGAGGCUGGUUACUGUACUGCGAGAUAAGCUCCCCAAAGCCUGUCCCUGUUGUGAAGGCGGGAGGCGUCGCCAUGUACUUGGUGUCGUGGGUUUUCAUGGUGAACAUCGGGAGGUUUGCCUGGAGGAAAAGCAGCCACAAGUACAGGAUGUGGACAGAGAGGAGCAGAGAAUACCAGUACCUAGACACCAAUGGGCAUAUGAAGAAGACAGACUGACUUGUGCAUGUGUAUCUUUGCUUGUGGCAGGAUGUGCUCAUUAAACAUGCAAAAAAUAUUUGAA